AUGGAAGAAAGUGAUGAACCUGAUCAGCCUAUCUCAGCAGGGAGGCAAGAAAUUCGAAAGAGAAGACGACCCAGUCAACCAAUGGUAGAUAAAUCCCAGCAGACCGAAGUGACAGAGAAAAAGAAAAAUUUGCUUAUAUCACAAUCAUCUGGCCCUAAAGCUACCCUUAGUAUUGGUAACAUUCCUGGAAGUAAAGUCAACGGUGAGCCUUUCAGAGUAUCUUCUCAACUUCGGCAAAGUUGGACAAAGAGAAAGCAUGUACAGCAUAUGACUGAUAAAUCUCUGCAAACAGACACUAUUGUAGAAGAGAAAAAAGAAGAAAUCAAACCAGUUGGUGAAACAGUGGUACCUGAAGAAAUGCCAGCUGCUCUUGGAGAAGCAGUCCCUGAAUUUCCAGAAAGUGUUCAGGAAGUAGAAAUUCUGACAAGCAGACACUCAAUUCAAUUCAAAAUAGACAGAUCUCAGCAGACCAGUUGUACUGGAGACUGGACAAUGAUGAACAUUCCUCAAAAAGAAACAGUGGACAGAGAACAGCAGACAUACUUUAGUGAAUCAGAAAUAGUGGUAAUUGGUAGGCCAGAUAGCUCUUUUUCAAAGUCAAGUGAAGUUGUGCAGAAACGUAAAUCCUCAGGGAAGAUGUUCAUUAGUGAACAUCCUGAAUUGCAACCCUCAACAAGUAGAGAUGAAGCAAUUAGGCAGGUAGGUAUUAGCAGAUCUUCAUUUAGUCAGCAAAGCAAAAAAGGUAGUUUGGUACCUUUAGAAGAUGAGCAGUACGUUCUAGGUGAGAUCCAGCCUCCCAUUGCAGAGGAGGUCUCUGCUGAAGUGCAACCUACACCAGCUGUGGACAUUAUUGCAGGAAAGUCUGCUACUGAACUUCAGCCUCCACAAAUUGAGGAGGCUCCAGCAGAAAAGGGCCCUGCCAAAGUACAGCUAAGCCUGGGUGAAGAGUCUCUUUCAGAAGGGCCUCUUGCUGAAGUUCAGUCUCCAAAAGUUGAAGAAGCUCCUGUACAGCCUUUCCCAGAUGAGGAGACUCCUGAAGAAGAGGCCCCUGCUAAAGUAGAGUCUAUCUCUGCUGAAGAGGCUUUUUCAGAAGAGCCUCUAUCAGCUGUGGAGGCCCCUACAGAAGAGGCCUCAGCUGAAGUUCAGUCUCCACCAGCUGAAGAGGCCCCUGCAGAGGAGGCCCCAGCUGAAGUUCAGUCUCUACCAGCUGAACAGGCCCCUGCAGAGGAGGCCCCAGCUGAAGUUCAGUCUCCAACAGCUGAAGUUCAGUCUCCACCAGCUGAAGAGGCUCCUGCAGGAGAGGCCCCAGCUGAAGUUCAGUCUCUACAAGCUGAGGAGUCCCCUGCAGAGGAGGCCCCAGCUGAAGUUCAGUCUCCACCAGCUGAGGCCCAAGUUGAAGUUUAUUCUCCACCAGCUGAGGAGGCCCCAGUAGAAGAGGCCAGAGCUGAGGUUCAGUUUCCACCAGCUGAGGAGAUCCCUGCAGGGGAGGCUCCAGCUGAAGUUCAGUCUCCACCAGCUGAGGAGACCCCUGCAGAAGAGGCUCCAGCUGAAGUUCAGUCCCCACCCGCUGAAGAGGCCCCUGCAGAGGAGGCCCCAUAUGAAGUUCUGGCUCCACCAACUGAGGCCCCAGCUGAAGUUCAGUCUCUACCAGCUGAGGAGGCUCCUGAAGAAAAUACCUCAUAUGAAAUUUGGUCUCCAUCAGCUGAGGAGGCCUCUGCUGAACUUCAGUCUCCGUCAACUGAAGACACUACUUUAGAAAUGGUCUCUGUUGACAAACAGUUUCCAGAAGCCAAGGAGGACUUUAUUACACAAAUCUCUGUAGAAAAUGACCUUAUUCCACCAUCUGAACAAACUGCUGCAUAUGAGGCUCUGGUAGACCAUGUGUCUACUGAAUAUCAAAAUCUCCAGACUGAUGUCCCAGGGAUAAAAUUAGAAUCAAAGGUUUUGGAAGAUCAGCAAAAACUCGAAGGGCCUUUGGAACUGGAUCCUGUCCCUGAAGAUUUGUCUAAUAUCAAGAAAGAACAGGUUCCUACCUUUGAAAUAGAGGGUGUCAUCCAUGUACAACUAGAAUAG